AUUUGGGGAUGCUGCUGUGUGUAUAAGUAUGCAGGGGCUGUCUGUUCGGCCACGAUGAUCUGCUUGAGGUGGUGUACCGAUAGUAAUUGAUCAUCACAGGUGCACAUUGACAUGCCAGGCCAGGAAGAUUCUUCGCUUGCAUGGCACCACGGUGAAUGAUCGAGGUAGCUUGGAGGAUGCGUCUCCUGAGUUUGCAGCACAUUUUGUUCCUUCUUAGUCCAUUUAUUGGCUGUUUGCCGAGUGGGGAGAGUACCCAGCAGUGCCUAUUUGUUUUCGGUGUCCUUCAAAAACCACUGCAGGGUGGCCAAGGUGGAAUCAACUUGCCACGAUUUCGCACGUGGAGUUGCCUUGCCUACGUCUGUUUGGUUGCGCCGAUUUUUUUUCAUCUCAGGAGGUCACUGUGCAAGUUUGCAAGUGGUUGUACUGCAGCAAUAGAUUUCGUGAUUAUGUAUCUAGGAAUGCUUGUAGAAGGCUUGGUUUCUUCACUUCAGGGCAGAAGAGGCACAGCCAAAUUAUAUUUCUCACCAAAUCUGAGUUUUAGGACCAAGAGCUGCUAUGAAGAAUCUUCUAAUACAGCACGAAGGCCUAUCAACAGGGGGAAAUUCGCUUUCAUGCCCGUGUCUGAGAGAGGUAAUAUGGUACUGCAGUGGCAAUUUUUUCCUUGUCUUGUUUUGAAUAAGCUUUAUCGAGAAUGGAUAAGCUUCAAAUGUCUGCAAAAUGGUAAAUGGAGUUUGAUAUAUAGGUUGGUUGGCCUUGAUUCGUGA